AUGGAGACUACAACUACCAACGAUGUCGUAAGAGAACUUUCGGUAAUGUUUAGUCGUUAUGGAAUUCCAUCUGCAAUGAAAGCAGACAAUGCCCCUCAACUCAGUGGACAGUGCAGUGAGUUUAAAGAGUUCUGUGAAGCAAACGGUGUUAGACUUAUGAACACUAUUCCUUAUUGGCCCCAAUCGAAUGGAGAAGUGGAACGGCAGAAUCGUUCGAUUCUGAAACGGCUUCGCAUAGCUCAAGAACUCGGGCGAGACUGGCGUCAGGAACUGUGUUUUUACCUGCUAACUUAUCAUUCAACGAAACAUCCGACCACGGUUUGCACGCUCCGUCAAUCUGGUACCGGUGCUAGUUCUCCGGAACAGGGAUCCGACAGUACCGAAUGUGGUAGAAGGUAUCACACGAAACCUCCGGGAAACUGGCCGUUUCAUGUGCUCCUAGUUAAGCUUUCGACGAACGAACACCGGUCGAACGCGGUGGAGUUUUUCUGCGGUGGUACCGUGAUUGGCACCCGAUUCGUACUGACCGCGGCCCAUUGUGCCAUCGGUCAUGAUAAACGCCCGGUGAAUGUAUCACUGCUGGCCGUACACGUGGCAAUAUACGACACUAGGCUCCGAGAAAAUGUUCCUCGGUGUUCCGUUUCAUCGAUAAUAAUUCAUCCCGAUUACGGUGCGGAUGCGUUCAACAACGACGUGGCUUUGUUGAGGUUAUCUGAUAAAAUCGAAUUCGAUCAAACGGUACAACCGGCAUGCCUGUGGCCAGCCACUGACACCGGGGUGGGAACCUUGGAGCACACGAAGGCCACCGCCAUCGGUUGGGGAAUCGAUAAAACGGGAAUUUUCUCCAACAUACUCCGGGAAAUCAGCCAACGGUUGCCAACGAUGGACGAGUGUCGGAUGCAAUUUGGUGAAAUUCUACAACGGAAUUCCUCGAUCAUUUGUGCACGUAAUCUUACAGCGACCGAUCACUUGAACGUCCGAAUAGAAAAGAACUUAUCUUCGCAAAAACGUGGUUUUGCCAGUGACGUUUUCCCAUCUGUUGUCGAUUGA